ACAAGUACCUGCAAGAUGGCGGAGCUGGAGAGUUCCCUAACUGCUAUGGACUGGCUCCACCGCCUGCGUGUGGGUGGGGCGAUGGGAGGGGCAGGUUUAGGGGGACCCAACGGUUCCCUCGACCCUCUAUCUAAAGCCUCAGGGGGACAACUGGCCAUGAGAAAGGGCCCAAAUUCUCCCUUGGAUACGAAUGCAACGUACGAUAAUCAAGGACAUCAGAUCCAAAAAGAUGGGAAACCACCAUACAGCUAUGCCAAUUUGAUCACAUUCGCAAUCAACAGUUCAACUAAAAAGAAAAUGACACUAAGCGAGAUAUAUCAGUGGAUUUGUGAUCAUUUUCCGUAUUACAAAGAUGCAGGGAAUGGAUGGAAGAAUUCCAUACGUCACAAUCUGUCGUUAAACAAGUGCUUCCUAAAAGUUCCAAGGUCGAAGGACGAUCCAGGAAAGGGGUCGUACUGGGCAAUAGACAGCAACCCCCCUGAAGACCCCCUCCCUGCCAGACACAAGAAGAGGCCGAGGCUGAACGAUCGGGCGUCACCGUACAGUCCGGAGCCAGGGCUUGGUGUCACUAAGAUGCCGCCCCAGACGUUGACAGCCGUCAAUGUGCAAGUGUCUCCUCCCUCACCUCAAAAUCAAAGUAACUGCAAUUUCUCUGAAAGUAACGGAAAUCCAGAUGACAUGAAUGCAUCAUCCAAUCUUGUUAACCUCUACAAGUCCGUCUUUGAAAACUCUACAGGUAACUUGAAUGCUCUCCUCAAUGGAAACAUCUCACAGAGCCAAAGUGGGACAGGCAUUCCAAGUUUGAAUUGUUCCACCAGUGAGUGGUUACAGAACCUGGACUCGCUGAAAGAGAGCAUGCGAUUGGCUGGAGCAGGGAGUGACCUCAAUAAUAUCGACAUGACCCAGUUUCAAGCAGGCCUGAUGGAGACCAUGAAACAGGAGGACCCAGCAAACUGGUCGUUAAAACCAGAACAGUUUGCCGAUUUAGCAUCUUCUCUAAACAAUUUCUUCAAUCAAUCACUGCUGCAGAGUCAAAACCAGUCAAGUAGUACCAGUGGAAUAUCAGGUCCUGGAAACGGCUUCUGUAACAGCAGUAACUCGGUGAGCAGCAGCCAGCUGAACAUGGCCGACGGAGGGCCUCCGUCAAAUGCUUCAGAAAGCUACUCAUCUUGUCAGACCGUGGUUUCACUGCCGUCCGGGACACAAUAUCACCAUUCGGACGACAUCGAUGACGACUUCAACUGGGACAAGCUGCUGUAGUCGUGUUGCCAUCACAUCACAUCACCUCAUCCAAUCAGAAGCCUCAUUGAAGACCAUGUGACAGUUCACAUGCUGCUCACAGAGUUAAACCAUUUGUUGAUAUUCAUAUAUACUGCUUAUACAAGGAGAGGAGGGUUGGACAUAGGGCGUGUUGCCUUGUGGUAGGACUAUAUGGUGCAAUGUGCUUUGUAAAUAUUCUGUUGAUUGUAAAUAACAUAGAUAUAUUCAAUUGUUAUUGUCUUCUGUUAACCCAGCAAAGAUCUUCUAUUUCCCUUGUUUUGAAAUAGUUCAUAGUUUUGCGUUUAGCAUUUCAACGUAAUGACAAGAAAAAGUCUGUUUGGAGGUAUUGUAAGUUUUGAAAUGCGAAGUUUGUACGUUUUGUGCAUGGAAUCAAACUCCAUUUUUGUGUUACAUAUGGAUUCAGACUAUUUUGGAAACAAAAACUGUGACAGUUUCCAUAUUGUACGGAGCUACUACCCCGACCUCUGCCUGGUUAAAUCUUCAACUCCAGGGUGGUCGGGUUGUUGAGGUGGUAGUUCUUCAUGACCAAGUCCUGGGUUUGAUUCCCCACAUGGGUACAAUGGGACCAGCCUAUUCAGGGGUAGACUGGGAUACUGCUGGAACAGUCCUGAAACUUGCGUCAACACAAUCUUACACUCUUACUUUCCAUGGGUUUUUUAUUUAUUUUUCCAUUGUUAGCAAUGAUAGUUGGACAUUGUUGUAACUAUUUUUCUCCUCCAGUGUUUAUAUCGAGUCCAACAACACGACGCCAGUCCUAUGUUCUGCCUCUUCUCUCCUCGGGUUGUAGGGUUCCUUUGUGUGUCAACCUCGGUCACAGUGUGUGUAGAUGCAAGGAGAACCAGGGAUGCCAGAGUUAGAUGUUAGCCCCCAUCAGGGCUACUGUACUAGAUAGCUUGGCCCCAACUGUGGAUAUGUAGCUAAUUCUGGUAUUUUGUAAAAAGUGUGUAGUGGAGCUUAUGUAUUGUAAAUUGAAUUGUGAUGGUUUUAUUCUGAUCGUGUGUGGAAAGUUCAAGUUUGUGAAACUAACUAAGGAAAUUCUGUACAUUUUGUCUAAAAUAUUCAUCGAGAUAUUCAUUGAGAUAGGUAUGCCAUUCUUCAACUCAGAAUCUUCUAUGCACGAAUAGAGAGAUUUUGUCAUUGCAUUCUCGGAUGUGACUUGAAACGUGUAGCAUAGUGCAGUAGUCAGUUUUUGAAAGAA